ACGGCACGCGGGCUGCAUUUAAACACAGCCGGGAAACCACCUUGGCUGGGAUCGGAGCUGCGGGAGCGCUGCAGUCAUGUCGCAGCCAGACCCAGUGAAAAAGAAGCGUCCUCCAGUGAAGGAGGAAGAUCUCAAAGGAGCUAGAGGAAACCUUUCCAAAAACCAGGAAAUUAAGUCCAAAACCUACCAAGUCAUGAAGCAGUGUGAACAAAUGGGCUCUGCAGCACCUUCCAUAUUCAGCCGGGCUCGGACGGGCAGCGAAACGGUCUUUGAGAAGUCAAAAGAUGAGCCGCCCAAAAGCGUCUUUGGCUGAGAGCUGAGCUGCACAUACCUCACCAGGAUGAUGGUUGUAACAUUAUUCCAGAUUUCUACCCCUUGCACUAAGCUCACCAUAGCCACAGAUACCCAACUUCUACCUUAAGUCAUUAAAAAGGGAGUGGGUUAAUAUCAAAGGGUACAACUUCCAUUUUAGUUUUUAUCACAGGCGUUCUUUCUACGUGUCGAAUGGUGUUUGCUACAAUGGUUUGGUAAAUAAACGAUUGUUGGACACA